AUGAUUCCGUCGCAACCCCUCCCACUCGCCGAAGAGUGGACGGAUCCGGAUGCCUACGUCGAGGCCCUCUUGUCUUUCGCGAAUUCUUCCGCCAUCUUCAGGCAUCUUUGCGGCGGUGUACACAUCCUCGAUUUCCUGACCCGCGAACCUGACCUGUAUACCUCUCUGCUGCCGGAACACUGGAGGACAUUUUUCGACCAGCAUGAUAUUCAGGACAUUUUGGACCUACUUCUGCGGGAUGACAUCCGACCUCUUUUAGACCAAAGUCGGGAGGAUGCUGCGCGUGGUGGCGAGUCAAGCGCACAGUGGCGCGGGGCGCCUCUGCCUCCUCUGGACCUAUUGGAGUAUAUCCAUCAGAUCCGUCGACUGAGCCUGGGGCGGGAUUUCACUCCCUCACAGCCCGGAACACCGUCGAUCCCGAGGAAGAUCGCCGUCGGAAUGAACGUCAAGAAGUACCACGAGGUCGCGCACUUUUCGAAAUACGUCGAUGCCCUCUGUACCACGGUGGACGAACAACGGGGCGAUCCUAUCACACACAUUGUCGAUUUCGGUUCGGGCCAGAGCUACCUCGGACGGACGCUUGCGUGUCCCCCUUACAAUAGACACAUUGUUGCCAUCGAGCGGAAGCAUCAGUUCAUCAGUGGCGCGAAGGGAAUGGAUAUUCAUGCGAAGCUGCAGGAAAAGAAACGCGUCAACAUGUACAACAAGAAACUGGCAAACUGCAAGACCUGUGCAGAACCGGAUGCGCCUGCAGAGACGGGUACCGAUGGUCAAGAAUCCGCUAAUGUGAAGGGUGAUGCUACAAAGGGCCUAAGCGAUACGGCAGGUGGUGGUGAAGAGGAUAUGGCCAUGAUCAACGUCUUCCGUGAUAUUAGUCUCGCACCUGGCGAGAUCGGGUUCGCUCCUUACCGCAAUGUCCCGAAAACCGCCACCGAGGAGGAAGUAGAUCCAGAGAAGCCUAGAGGUAAAAUGGAUUACAUCGAGCACGAGAUCAGGGACGGUUACCUCGAGCCCAUCAUCAAAGACGUCAUUGAGGCUGCGCCUGUCGAAGGGGAGACCGAAGCUCAAGGCGAAUCAAAGGAUGCUAACGUCAUGGUCAUCUCUCUACAUUCUUGUGGUAACCUUCUCCAUCACGGAGUACGGUCUCUGACCCUGAAUCCCUCCGUUAAAGCCAUUGCUAUGAUCGGAUGUUGCUACAAUCUAGUCACUGAGAGGCUGGGUCCUGCUACCUACAAGCUUCCCAUUCUCCGGUCGAUGCACCCCCGUCUGACAAAGGAUGCCGUUGCAUACGACCCCCAUGGCUUCCCGAUGUCGAAACGGUUUGAGGUUUAUGAACACGAAAGUGGAACGGGCAUGAAGCUCAACAUCACCGCCCGCUCGAUGUCCUUGCAGGCCCCGUACAACUGGAGCCGGAAAGACAGCGAAGACUUCUUCACCCGCCACUUCUAUCGGAGUCUGCUCCAGCGCCUGCUUGUGGAUCGCAAGGUAGUUGCGAAGCCCAAGAACCCGGACAAUUUGUAUGAGGAAUCCACCGAACCUGAAGAUGCCGGAAACCCUCUGAUUGUAGGCUCUCUACGGAAAUCGGCUUUUGUUUCCUUUGCUGCGUAUGCCAAUGCUGCGGUGACGAAGCUGGGUCGCGACCCGAACUUCGGUGAGAAGAUCAAGGCAGGAAUGGCGGAUUUGACUGAGGAAGAUUUUGAUCGCUACGUGAAGGAUUACUGGUAUGCGAAAAAGAACCUGAGCGUGGUCUGGAGCUUGAUGGCUUUCAGUGCUGCUCUGGUUGAGGCCAUCAUUGUCGUUGACAGAUGGCAAUUCCUGCGUGAACAUGACUCAGUGAAGGAGUGCUGGGUUGAGCCGGUGUUUGAGUACAAGGAGAGUCCGAGAAACUUGGCUGUUAUUGGAAUCAAGAAGUGA